AUGCCGAUCCGCCUGUCCUCGGCCAGGCGAGCAUGCUCGACGUUGCUUGGAGAAGUUUGGCAGUGUCACCUCCUGAGAACCCUUGUCGCAUUCCGGCUGACUGCGUCGGUGCGGACAGGUAUCGACGUGUCUUCUUGUGCCGAGGCCAAGGAGGCUGUUCGACGUUGCAAUCGGUGCAAAUUCUUGAAGAACAAGGACAAAUGGUUUGGCCGACUGCUGUACCGUGACGGUGAUGUGCCUCUUACUCGUUUCGGAGAUGUUCUUCAGCUUCAAGAUUUAAAGCGCCACGAGGAAACCGACCUCCACGUCAGCAGCCUCUUGGUCGAGCAGCCCGUGGAGGCCGUUUCUGCGAAGGCCGAUGCCACGGCUCCGACUGCCGGCCAGGUUCACUUGGCCAUUCAGGUCCUAAUGGAGCCCCGCAGCGGGCAAUCCGUCGGCUACGCCUCGCGGUGCGAGCUGGCUCAUCGUUCAGACCCAGGUAACUUCCCGCUACAAAGAGCAUCCCCGUGUGAGCACUCGAAGAUCAUUUCAGCGCUGGCAGCCGUCUACACGGUGGACGGCGAAAGGGCAGAGGGCCAGAGGAAUCAUGCCUUGCUUGUGUACGACAACGAGGUGCUGCAUGCACAGCGCUCAGAGGUGUUGUCGCCCUCCAGCAUUCGACUUCUUGCCCUCGCCACCGAGUGGCUGACGAUGGCAAGCCGGUUCGUGCACGAGUACGAUCGGGGAAGCACAAAAGAAGGUGCAGAGCCUGCCCAAACCUCUGCCGUCGCCAAUGUUGCCCGCUGCUCUCGCCUCACGCUGGCCCUUGAGCAGGCAGCCCCGUCCCCUGUAUUACAAGAUCAUUACAAAGUACAAAGAGAUUCAUGGGGGCAGUGGUGCCAACACGAAGAAGACUCGAUUGCCAAGUAG